GAGGGCAAGCCAUUGGCUGCUGUGAGCUGUCAUGGGGAAAGCAAGAGACAACGGCAAGUGCGCAUUCAAAGAGCUGCCACCAAAAAGCUUCGGAAACUGAGUGGCUGGAAUAUUUUUCAGCGGGAAAACCUUGGACAGUCAACCCUGAACCCCUAUCAGUACAAAGCUGCCAUCAAACAGCUUUCUGAGAAGUGGAGAUCCCUUGGUGCAGAUGAGCAGCUUGCUUACCAAGUGCAAGCGGAAUUUGAACAAACUCAUCGAGUACAAGCUAUGGAGCAGCCCUUGCCAACAAAGGGCACAUCCGAAUCAGGAUCAGCGGCCAUGAUCGGGCGACGGGCUGCAAAGAAGAUUUCAGUGGUUCGUUUGAUGCAGAAUGUGCAGAAGACAGCUGCGCAUGUUUCAUGGAACAACCCUACACAAUUGGGUUCAAGUUCUGGGGCGUUGAAGAUUGAACACCUUGAUGUCGAGGCUACUGACCAAGAUUGCGCGAGCUUUUUGCAGUCAUGUGUUCACUGCAAUGUGCCACUGCCAGACACUGAUUCUGAUGUGGACUCCAAUGUGGACCUUGACAUCAGCAAAACAGAGCUGGUACCCUGCAAGGCUGCCUUUGGAUUGCGCUGUAAGGAAAAUGAUUUCAACCAAGUCAAGAUCCUGGUCCAAAACUUCAAUGACAAGCUGAAGGAGAAUGAGAUUCGGGUGGGUGAUUUGCUUCAUUUUUCUACAACGCAAACUUCCAUGUUGGCAUUUUUUGGGUCACAGCUCAAAAGGUCGUUUGCAAAGCAAAAGCCUCAGAAACGAAAAAGGGCCAAGGCCAAGGCCAAGGAAAUGAAACCGCAAUCUGGUGUUGAAGUUGAAGAGGCUGGAGAUUCAGGAGGGUCUGGUUCAGAUGUGGAGACUGGUGGAUCUUCCACUUCUGAGUCGGAGUUUUCUCAGAUCAGGAGCAGGGAUGAAGAAGAGCAAGAGCCUCUGCCACCCACCAAAGAGGCUGAACAAGAAGCUCAUGAGCUAGAGUUGGAAGUGCAAGAAUUUGAAGAUGCUCAGCUGGGGCAGCUAGACACGCCUUCACCUUCCUCAAAUUUGAUGCCUAGCACCAGCGCAGCGGGUUCAGGAGCAAGCAGUAGCAGCAGCUCAAUGCAUCCAGCGCAGGUGGCAGCUCUUAGGGUUGGGGGUGCAGGUCCUGGUCAAAACGAAGGCUUGCAAGUCGAAGUUCCUGGGCAUGGGGCUGCAGCCCCUGGUCGAAACCAAGCUUUGCCUCAGAAGGAUGUGAAAACUUUCUUUUGUCAGAAGAUUGGGCUUGAUGAUGUUGGACUGGCAGUUUCCAACAGGAGCAAAUGUUACCAUUGCAGCCAGAAAAUACCCAAAGACAACAUUCGCUUCAGCUGGUACUUCAGCACACUUCGACCCAGCAAUUGGGUUCAUAGCGCUUGCUUGCUGCCACUGGUGACUGCCAAGAGAGAUUUGAAAGAUCAGGUGAUAGCUCGUUUGCGUGUGUUGCUCCAAAAGGCUGAACAACCUACAGUGCCAAGGUCUCCUGCAGAGGCCAACAUCGCAUUCACACUGCGUGCAGUACUUGCUCAGAUUAACGCUCUGAAUGAUUGA